AAUGAUACUUCAAGUAGCUCUUGUGACGUCUAAGACGUGUGACUCCGCUUUUUUGCAUAAAAUAGUGCAACUUUAAAUUCAAGCUGUGUACAUUGAGAUAUAAGCGUCAUAUUUUAUCGUUCAUUUUUUAAAGAAAAAUCUACACAGUCUACACAAAAUGUCUUUGUAUCCAACUCUCGAGGACUUGAAGGUAGAUCAUAUGAUGAAGGCUCAAUUAAAAAUGGAAUCACAAUGUAAUGUUCCACCUAUAUCGCAUCAAGAAGUUAAUCCCUCUGCACCUGACUAUGAUUCUCUUCCUACAACAUUGUAUCCUUCGUUAGGAGAAUACAUGGGUUUGGAACUUACAGAAAAUGUGAUAGCACAAAAUAUGCCUGAAUAUUCUCUUGCAAAUCGUACUACGGCAGUAAGCAUCUCUGCAACCUCGGGGCCUGUAACAGGUAUGGUUGCACCACUGACUGGACAGGCUUUAGGAUUACAGAGAGCACAAGUUACGAAUGGCAUAAAAGAGUUAAUCCUAUGCAAGGACAAAAAUGGUAAAGUUGGUUUGAGAGUGCAAGCUGUAAGUAAUGGCAUCUUUGUAUGCUUGGUAAGUCAAAAUUCACCUGCUGCACUUGCCGGACUACGAUUUGGAGAUCAAAUUUUGAGCAUAAAUGAUACCUCUGUUGCUGGAUAUUCAACGGAACAAGUUCACAAAAUGUUCCGAAACGCUAAUAUUAACGGGAUUAAAGUUGUAGUAAGAGAUAGACCGUUCGAACGCACAGUAACUAUGCACAAAGACAGUAUGGGAUAUAUUGGGUUUCAAUUUAAGGAUGGUAAGAUAAUAGCUUUAGUUAAAGAUUCUUCGGCUGCCAGAAACGGACUUUUAACGGAUCAUCAGAUAUUAGAAGUUGAUGGAAAGAACGUAAUAGGACUGAAAGACAAAGAAAUCACUAAAGAGAUUGAAAAUGGCGGAAAUAUAAUCACGGUAACGAUUAUUCCAUCAUACAUUUUCGAUCAUAUGGUUAAAAAAAUGAACAUCAGCUUAUUGAAGACUAUAAUGGACCAUUCCAUACCGGAUGUUUAAAAUAAAUUUUAAUCUUUACUUGAUUUUAUAUUUUAAUAUAAUACUAAAGAUGCAUAUGUGAGUUUCUACAUUACAACUACCAUGCAUAAAUCAGGUAUAGUACCAUCUUUAUA